AUGAAUGGAAACGCUACUCAUAGUCAGAUAUCUGCUUUUUUAGUUGGUUUACGGUUACAAAAUAAAGACUCUGAUCCUGUGAUUGUUGCAGCUUGUGCAAAGGCCAUGCGUAGUCAUGCUAGAUUGAUUCCUUAUGAAAACUAUGAACAUGUAGAAGGCAACGUAGUGGAUAUUGUGGGUACUGGAGGUGAUGGACAUGAUACUUAUAAUGUAUCAACAACUGCAUCUAUUGUGGCUGCUGGUGCUGGUGCCAAAGUAGCUAAACAUGGAAAUCGUGCAGCAUCAUCUAAAUCAGGUUCGGCAGAUUUAAUGGAAGCACAUGGAUGUCAUAUUGGAUUAGUAGAACCGGAACAAGUAGCAAGUAUCCUUGAUAAGACCAACUUUUGUUUUUUAUUCUCACAAACAUAUCAUCCUGCUAUGAAACAUGUCGCUUCUCUCAGAAAAGAAAUUGGCAUUCCAACUGUGUUUAAUCUUCUUGGCCCAAUGAGUAAUCCUGCAAAACCUGCUCGUGUCGUGGUUGGUGUUCAUUCUCCCCAGAUUGGUAGCUUGAUGGCAAAUGCUUUGAAAUUAACUGGUGUACGUGGUGCUUUGGUGGUUUGUGGAAAUGAAAAAUUGGAUGAGAUUAGUCCUUCUGGUGAUACAAACUAUUGGAGAGUACACGAAAAUGGAGAUAUCACUACUGGUACAUUACAUCCUACAACAGAUUUUGGACUUGCAACACAUCCUUUGGCAGAGGUGAAAGGAGGCGAUUGUUAUGAAAAUGCGAAAACAUUAGAUCGACUAUUAAAUAAUCAACUACCGGAAGGGGACCCGAUCCUGGAUUUUGUAUUGUUGAAUGCAGCUGCGUUACUGGUAGUCGGAGGUGUUGCUUCGGAUUUCAAAGAUGGUGUUAACAAAGCAAAGGAAUCUAUUCAAUCUGGAAAAGCUAAAUCAGUACUGGAAGCAUUUAGGGUAGCAACUACUGCUUUACAACAAAAACAUUCAUAG